AGUCUUAUGUUUGUAAUACUUGUGAAAAAAGAUUUUCUGUUUCACCAGUACAUAGAAGGCACAUGGCAAGUCACAAAAAGAGAAAGCCAUAUUCUUGUGAAACCUGUGGAAAAAACUUUAGUCAUCACACCAAUUUGACUGCCCACAUGAGAUGUCACACAGAGCUCCCACAGUCUUAUGUCUGUGAGAAUGAGAAGACUGUCGUUGACCAUCAGGCCCAUGACCAGGAGAGAAACUCCAUGGUGGACCAUGAGGACCCAGAGCCUCUACGGAUUAAAGACCAGCAGGAGGAACUCUGCACCAGUUGGGCCCAAACAAACCCAGAGUUUUCUCAAAUUAAAGUGGAACAGGAAGAAUUGUGCACCAGUCUGGACCAAUUAAACCCAGAGUUACCACAAAUUAAAGUGGAACAGGAUGAACUCUGCUCCAGUCAGGAGGAAGAGUUAAUUGGAUUGAAACAGGAGACUGAUACCUUUGAGGUGACUCCUGCUGAUGAGGAAAGUGACCACAGUGAACCAAAACCAAACAAUGAUCAGCUCCUGUUUCACAUCUCUUGUGUAUCUGAGAGCCCAGAUCAGGAAGGAAGCAAGGAUGUAGACUCAGGAUCAACUGGAUGUAUCGAGCAGAAACCAAGACAUCAGAGUAACAGCAGUCACAGUAAUGAUGUAGACAAUGCUCCAUUGUCAGGGAGACAGUGUGAUAAUGACAAGGCAAGAAAAUCUGCAACAUGCGACUUCUGUGGAAAAGCUUUUAGGGAUAAAUCAGUUUUAAUCAUACAUCACAGAACUCACACAGGUGAGAAGCCGUAUUCUUGUGAAAUCUGUGGAAAAAGCUUUAGUCAACGGUCCCAUUUGACGACCCACAUGGGAUGUCACACAGGUGAGAAGCCAUAUGCUUGUGAAACCUGUGGAAAAAGCUUCAGUCUUCGGGGCCAUUUGACUAGACACAUGAGACGUCACACAGGUGAGAUGCCGUAUUCUUGUGGAACCUGUGGAAAAAGCUUCAAACAUAGUUGUCAAUUAAAAGCACACAUGAGAAUCCACACAGCUGAGAAGUCGUGAUCCUGAAACAUCUGUCAAAAACAUAAUGUCAGAACUAAGCUUGAAACAACAUGGAAGAGUUGGUAGAGGUUAAAAGUAGAUGUUUUAGAUUUAAAGCACCUUUAGUCUGUGCUUCAACAACAAUUGUGAGGAAGUAUGUAAGCAAUCCUUGAUGAUUAGACCAGAUGGAGUCUGGACUGUGGUGGUGGUGGAGCAGGCAGAAGAACCAAACUGAAUGUCUGGAUGGAUAUGGUAUUGGUACAGACUGCUACAUUUCUGCUAUCAUGACAUCCUUCAUCAGCAGAGCAGUGAUUGGAGAUAUUGUGAAGCUGUUUGGAACAUUUUCACAUCCUGCUGAGAGAACAUGGCUGUUCAGGUGGGAACAUACUGCUGGAAUCCACUCAGCUUGAGCUCUGCUGUCUUUCAAGUAAAAGGAGGCAACGAGAUACAGAGACAUUGUGACAGUAGGACACAACAGAGUGUGUCACUGCAGCAGAGGAGAUCUGGACGUGAAAUAAAGUUGUAAUAAAGUCUAUAGCUCCA